AUGUCAUCACAAGUGACUCUGAUUUUAGAUGUUGUUGACAAAAGGGAUGCAACUUUUAUAGCUGAAUUUUAUUCCAAUAAUUGUAGUUAUCAACAAUUUGUGAAAAUUAUUCGUGAAGAGAGUAAGAAUCGUUUGAAAUUAAACGAAUCCUUUGUAGAAUGUUACAAAUCAGUCGAGUUGAUCUUCCGAGGUCAUUUUCUUCCUUUUGAUAGUAUCAAGCAAAUUACACAAGUGUUUAAAUAUCCAUUCUUGAAGAGUUAUCAAAAGAUGAAUCAAAGAAAGGUCAAAUCCUUUUUUAGUUGGAAAGACAAACCAGAAUCUAUUUGGGAUAGAAUGGAGAAACUAGAUGAAAUUGUUCGAAUUCUUAUUAAUAAUGAAACUGAUUACAAAUCUAUGUAUUAUAUUAAUAAUUUAUUUAGAGAUUAUGAAAAUCAACCGAGCUUGUUGUUUGUUAUUGGAUCUCAUCCGAAAAUGGAUUGGGGGCAUUUGGUUUCUGCUCUUGCAAAAUCUCCCGAGUUGACCAAACACUUGUUUAACUUUAAAUAUUAUUCAUUAAAUGCACUACCAGAGAAAUUAUUCCAAAUAAGACAUGUAGUUUCAGAAUUAGUCAAGAAGGACAUUUUAGCAUUACAAUUAGCUACUAAUUUUAGAAAUGAUAGAGAGAUUGUUCUUGAUGCUUGUAAACACAAUCCAUUGGCUUUACAAUUUGCUAGCUCAGACUUGAGAAAUGAUAAGGAAUUUGUAAUGAAAGUGUUGGGAAGAAGAUUUAACACACUGCACUAUGUGGGAGAGUCUUUAUUAUCCGAUUCACAAGUAUUGAGAAGAGGAAUGAUGUCUGAAAAAGAGUGGAGACAUGAAAGAUUUGAUUCUAUGAAUACUUUUGAAUUGAUGGAAGAGAUUUUGAAGAAUAGACCACUAAUGGUUCUCAAAUUUUAUCAUUUAUUGGAGGAGAGGGGUCUUGAAUUUAGAAUUGACUCAAUUUGCAACAAUUUCAAAAUAAUUAUUGAAAAGUCUCCGUUCCAAAUUCAAGAAAGCAUUCUUUUGAGGAAUCAAGUCAAUCUUUUUAAUUCAAUUGAAAAUCCAAAUGUAGCUCUGAAAUUUAUUUCCAUUGGAUAUUGUGAAAGAUAUCGUGCUUGUAAAGAUCAUUUGCUCCAGUUAACAAAAUCGAAAUAUCCUCAUUUGGAAAAUCUUUCAAUGGAAACAGAGGAAGAAAAGUACAUUUUAAAAAACCAUUCAAAUGGUCUCAUUACAUGUAAAGAAGAAUUGAGAAAUGAUAAGAACUUUGUACUGAGAUAUUUUCAAUUACACACUAAUAGAAAGAGGAUGAUUUCCAUUAUUGGUGUUGGGGAGGCUUUGUUAAAUGACCAAGAAAUAUUGAAAGAAUAUCUUGUCACUAACGGUAUUCCUGUAGAUGAUGAGAAUAAUCUAUCAUCAGAACUCUUGAUGAAACAAAUUAUUUCAGUCUACCCAUUGUCCAUUGUAAGAUUUUACAAAUUUUUACAAAAUGAAAUAGAGUUCAAUAUCACCUCUUUUAAUUUCCAAGAACUUUGCAGAACAGCACCACUUAUUACCGAUCUACAAUUUGCUUCACUAUUAAUAUGUAAGAAUUAUUCUUUUUAUUAUAAGCUAUCAGAUGAACUGAGGAAAGAGACAUCUUUUGUUAAGAUACUGCUUUUUAAAAAUGGGGUGAAUAUUCAUUUUAAAAAACUUCCUUCUACUUGUUACUCAGAUAGAGAAAUAAUGACCCAUAUAUUGACAACACCUUCAUAUCACUAUAAGAAUGAAAGUGAGUCAAUUUGUUGUGCAGUUUGUAAAGCAUUCCCAUUUGAUAUUGACCUUAUGAAACAAGCAGUCAAAUGGCAUGGACAUACACCACUUCCUUACAUGCAUCACGACCUGUUACUAAAUAAUAGGGAUUUCUGUUAUUGGUUAAUGGACAGUUGUGGCCAUCCACAAUCAUACUUUAAGUAUCUUCCAGAAAAAAUCAGAACAGAUAGGGAUUUUAUAUUUGAAUUGCUUGAUGAUUUGUAUUGGAAAAUUGGAUAUGUGAAAAAUAUUACAAUGGACUUUGUGAUGAAAUGCAUAAGGAAAAACAAAAUUUGCUACAAGUAUUUUGGACAGAUAUUUAGAGAAAAUAGACAAGUAAUUGAUCUGGCAAUGGAAAUGGGUGUUCCAAUCAAGGAAAUUACAGUAUGUCAAGCAUUUAGUGAGCAUUUGUGGGAUAGUUCACCAGAUAAUUUUGUUGAUAAUUUGUGCCAUCCAGGUUAUCAAGUGUUUCUCAAUAAGGAUCUACUGAGGAGAGCUAUUGAAAGAAAUUCUAAAGGUUUUGACAAUAUUGAAAAAUGGAAGAAUUAUCCUGGAUGUGAGUGUUUAUCCGAGCAAGAUUGGACAGAUUUGAAAAAGUUAGCAAGUGCCAUGGAAUAG